GAUUGACGAUUGUCUGGAUCGAGAUUUCAGUUCGUCAACAAUUGCGCACUAAAUUUUCCGUUAAAACAAACAAAGUCGACCGUGUGGAGGCAUCGAAAAAGGAGAAUAAACAGCCAAGAGCAGCCAUGACAAUUCUGGGAAAGUUGCGGGGGGAGAUCACGGACCAGGAGAAGGUUCCGCUGCCGAUGAACCUGAACGACGAGGCGCUGAUGCACCAUGGCUCCCUAAUCGCACCCAAGGUCGUCUACAGCGACAAUGAAGCGGAUGCGGAAUCGAUGGUCUUUAACCGGCCGCAGCACCAUUGCCUCAAGUCCUUUCUGCUGUUCCUGAUCGCCGUGGUCGUGAUGCUCCUGGGCGUCCUGGGCGGAUGGACCCUCUACCGGGUGUACGCUCCCUCGCACGGCAGCAUGCGUUACCAUGCCCUCUGCGAGAUUCCCUAUCCGGAGGACUCGAUGGAGAUGGCGCGGGUAUAUCCUCGCAGCGAAGGACCCUUCUCCCUGAACUGGCGCUCGCUGCUGCCCGAGUUCGGACCCUCAAUGCCGAACAGUGGAUCCCUCGAGGACAACUACUUCCGCGAGGACAUCGAACUGGAUGGCGACAGCGACGAGGAGGGCUACGCCCGCGUGGAUGUGCCAGACUUCAAGGAUGGACGCCGGGGUCGCUUCAUGCACGACUUCAAGGAGAACCAGUCGGCCAUCAUUGACACCACCACCGGCAGGUGCUUCAUCAUGCCGCUGGACCGGGACACCACCCUGCCGCCCACCAGCUUCGUGGAUCUCAUGAAGAAGAUGAGCACUGGCUACUACAACAUCGACACGGAGCGCGUGCGGCGCCAGAUGCGCGUGGUCACGCCCCGCAUCACCGAUCUCUCGCUCAUCUCGGAGCGCAUUGCCAACGAGUGCUACGACAUGAAGGUCUACAUGAUGGAGAAGUUCAUCUCGGGGGUCUCGAAGAGAUCGGCCGAUCCACUGCCCGAUGCCGGCAAGUACGCCCAGUUCAUGGGCAAGGGCGUCAUCGAGUACGACCUGGCCAACAUUGCCGAGGUGGAGGCCUACGAGGCCAACGAGGCCAACCAACAGGCCUGAGCAGCUCGAUGGUUCGGCGGAGGAGGAUCGAUCUUUUAAGCUACAACACCCCAUAUGAAUACACAACCUAAACAAAUUAUUACUUAGAAUCGAUUUAUACAUUUAGCGAAGCGAGCGAAUCGAGGAGAUCUGUUCGGCGAGCCAUGCCUAGAUCUGGUUACCACUGGUUAGCAGGACACACACCCCAAUCCGGGUGGAUAUAUCAUCAUUGGCCAAGCGAGUUUAGCGAAUCAUAGACCAUAGACCUAGUAAAGAAGCGUAACGAACAUGUACCUAGAACGCAAUCAAAAGCGAUCGACGAAAUUGUGACAAAUACGAGCAAUGUAUUAGCCUCGAGUGCGGAAUGAAAACGGACGAGUUGAGAUUGGAUUGGAUUAGGUAUCGGUACACACCCAGACACACUGCGGCAUUCCAAGUACAUAUUUUAUAUAUAUGCUCUUUAACUAUUCUAACAAAUUAAUGUAUAGAACGGAUUCAGAUCGAAGCUAUUUACUUGCCGACCGAAAACUAAAACCAAAAACCAACCGGAAAACUAUCAGCAUGCGUCGCGAGACAGAAACAAAUUAAUCUAAAUGUUCUUUAAAACUACUUAAAUGUAUUAAACGCGAAUUUGUGAUCUUUAA